CGUUGUACUGAGGAGUAGAAAUGAUCAGGUUGGUUUUCGUGGUAUUGUAUAUAUUGGUUUCAUCGGCAGCAGGUCGUACGAAGGAGAACUAUCAUAGUAAAAACCAUCUUCCUCUUUUGGAAAUAACAAAAGAUGCGAUAACGGAUGAAGAACUGCAUUCCGAAUAUUGGAAUGACUUAGCUCAACGGACGCUUAGCGAGAAGUUGAAGCAAACGAUUUCUAUUUACAAUGCAAAAAAUGUCAUCUUUUUCAUUGGCGACGGAAUGUCACCGCAGACAGUGGCUGCCACUCGGAUGUACCUGGGUAAUGAGAACGAAUUUCUUUCGUUCGAGAAAUUUCCGCAUCUGGGACAAGCCAAAACCUAUUGCGUCAAUCGGCAGGUACCUGAUUCUGCCUGCACGGGAACCUCGUAUCUGUCGGGUGUGAAAAUCAACUACGGUAUGCUGAAUCUGGCGGCAUCGAUUCCCCGGUACACCUGUGAGUAUGAGAAAAGCGACGAAACGGAAAUCGAUGGUUUAAUGAAGUGGGCCCAAGAUGCCGGGAAGGCGACGGGAAUUGUAACGAAUACUCGAGUGACACAUGCUACACCGGCUGCCAGCUAUGCAUACAUUGCCAAUCGGUACUGGGAAGGCGAUCAGGACGUGAUCGAAGCCAAAUGUGACCCGGAAAAGACGAUAGAUGUUGCACGACAGAUGAUUUACAAUGAAGUACCGAAAAAGUUUAACGUCAUUCUGGGCGGAGGAAGAAAAUACUUUCUACCUCAAGAGGAAAAAGAUGAGGAAGGGUAUAAUGGAAUUCGAUUGGACGGAAGAAAUCUUAUAAAUGAGUGGAUUGAUAUCCACUCAACAAUGGGCCAGUCGAAGUAUGUUUGGAACAAGGCCGGAUUGAACUCUGUUGAUUUCAACAAAAUUGAUCAUUUAUUGGGACUUUUCGAUACGAAUCAUUUGCUGUACAAUUUGGAAACCCAAAAACAGAACCUUGAUGACACGGAACCAUCCCUAAGUGAAUUAACGGAAGCAGCCAUAAAAAUUAUGCAGAAAAAUGACGCGGGGUACGUGCUGUUCGUCGAAGGUGGGCUCAUUGAUACUGCUCAUCACGAGGCUUGGACUCGACUGGCUUUGGAUGAAACGGCAGAGUUUUCGAGAGCAAUUGCACGUGCACGCGAACUUACCAGCUUGUACGACACUUUGAUUGUGGUUAGCUCUGAUCAUGGUCACACCAUGACUUAUAACGGUAACACGAAACGUGGUCAGGACGUGUUAGGAAUAGCAGAUAUCAGCGACCUCGACCAUCUUCCCUAUACAACUCUCAGCUAUGCUAACGGACCAGGUUAUGAUGAAACCUACAAUCCGAACAAUCCUGCCGAGCGUCUGAAUGUUUCCGAUCUUGAUUUCACUCUUUACAAUCAGCGAUAUCCGGCGACUGUUCCAAUGAAUGCUGAAACUCAUGGUGGAGAGGAUGUGUGUGUUUAUGCAUCGGGGCCUUUGUCACACAUCUUUGUCGGUAACUAUGAACAGAACACGAUCCCGUAUCUGAUAGCGUAUGCUAGUACAAUCGGAGACUACCAGGAGAAAUCGAACCCCGAUGAUGGCGGAGGAGCAGGAAACUUGCACACAUCGUUGUCUUUAUUGAUGGCAUUGAUUGCCUCCAUUGGACUACUAAUCUAAUGCGGUAGCUAGACAAACUGUACCAUUUCAAAAGACAAUCGAAGUGAUAAGGAGUAUGAUUCCAAAAUAGGUUUUCAAGAUAAGUUCGAUUGAGCAAUAUAUUUUGAAAUUAAUUGAA